AUGCGACAUCAGUCAUCAGUAACGAAAAUCUUUGUUGGCCAAAUUUCUGUCAAUGACAAUCUUGAAGCUGCUGAGGUUGCAGAGAUACUAUCAGAAUAUGGGAUUCAGCCGCAUGAAUACACGCUUGUAGUGAAUGCUUUACGGAAGAAUCCGCAGGCAUGGCUGGAUUUUAUGAUGAAGUUUGAGCUGGGAUUGGAGAACCUAAAUCCAAAGAGAGCACUUCAAAGUGCAUUCACUAUUGCAAUUGCUUAUAUUGUGGGUGGAAUAGUGCCACUCGCUCCUUACAUCUUCAUUCAAGUUGCAAGAAAAGCAGUGAUUGCCUUUGUAGUCUUAACUCUAAUGGCAUUGCUGAUUUUUGGGUAUGCGAAAGGCCACUUCACUGGGAAUAAGCCAAUCAGGAGUGCUCUACAAACUGACCUAAUUGGAGCCAUUGCAUCUGCUGCUGCUUUUGGCAUGGUCAAAGCUGUUCAAGGAUAA